AUUUUCCACCAUUUUUCUACUCUUAUCUCUGACCAAGUUAUUUGAAUCCUCUCGGCUCUCCCAUUUUCUUAUGACGUAAUGUUAUUAAAUCUUCAGUGACUUUUAAAGAUUAUUGUUUUUCUUGCGGUGCGUAAAGGCUGUUUGUUUACAAUUUGAUUGAUUCGUAGCGAAUCAAACAUGGCAUUGAAAGCUGUUGUCGGACAAAAGAUUAUGAAUGAGGUCAUUAAACAGAAGGGCGUAAAAAAAGGGGCUGACAAAGGAAUAGAAUGGCGUGUUAUGGUGGUUGACCAACUGGCAAUGAGAAUGAUAUCCGCCUGUUGUAAGAUGCAUGAAAUAUCCGCUGAAGGAAUCACUAUUGUUGAAGAUUUGCAAAAAAAACGAGAGCCUUUGGCCACUUUGGAAGCCGUUUACUUGAUUACUCCUAGUGAAAAGUCAGUCGCUGCUCUCAUUAGAGAUUUCUCCAGUCCAGGAAAAUCUAUGUAUAAAGCUGCUCAUGUUUACUUCACUGAGGCGUGUCCCGAUGAGUUAUUCAACAAGUUAAGUUUGUCCCCAGCCGCAAAAUUCAUUAAAACUUUAGUGGAAGUUAACAUAGCUUUCAUAGCAUAUGAACAACAGGUGUUUUCUUUAGAUUCUCGUGAAACAUUUCAAUGUUAUUAUAAUCCAUUACUAGUGAGUAGUCGAGUUCCUAACAUGGAACGCAUAGCAGAACAGAUUGCUACUGUUUGUGCUACAUUAGGAGAAUAUCCAUCAGUACGAUAUAGAAGUGACUUUGAACGUAAUGCUGAAUUAGCACAGAUUGUUCAGCAAAAAUUAGAUGCUUACAAAGCUGAUGAACCAACAAUGGGUGAAGGUCCUGAAAAAGCUCGCUCACAGUUAAUUAUACUUGACAGAGGAUUUGAUUGUGUAUCUCCUGUCUUACAUGAGCUCACAUUCCAAGCUAUGUCUUAUGAUCUUCUGCCAAUAGAAAAUGAUGUUUAUAAAUAUGAAGCCACUGCAGGUGCAGCUCUUAAAGAAGUAUUGUUGGAUGAAAAUGAUGAGCUUUGGGUGGAGUUACGACAUCAACAUAUUGCUGUUGUAUCUACAAAUGUGACAAAAAAUUUAAAGAAAUUCAUAGAUUCUAAGCGUAUGUCAGCUGUUGGUGAGAGUAAAUCUUCUAUGCGUGAUUUGUCGACAAUGAUUAAAAAAAUGCCUCAAUACCAAAAAGAAUUAAGCAAAUAUUCCACUCAUUUGCAUUUGGCUGAAGAUUGCAUGAAAUGCUAUCAAGGUAAUGUGGACAGACUUUGUAAAGUGGAACAAGAUCUGGCUAUGGGUACAGAUGCUGAAGGCGAGAAGAUCAAAGAUCAUAUGAGAUGCAUUGUGCCAAUACUGUUGGAUCAGAAUACAUCUAGCAAUGAUAAGAUGAGGAUUAUUAUAUUGUACGUUUUGUCUAAAAAUGGAAUAUCUGAAGAGAAUCUUAACAAACUGGUACAACAUGCUCAAUUAUCACCAGCUGAUAAACAAGCUAUUGUAAAUUUGAACUUGCUUGGUAUAAAUACUAUUGUGGAUGGUAACAGAAAGAAGCAGUACCAAAUACCGCGUAAGGAACGCAUUACUGAACAGACAUACCAAAUGUCUCGUUGGACACCCGUGAUUAAAGAUUUAAUGGAAGACUGUAUUGAAGACAAAUUGGAUGCUAAACAUUUUCCUUUUCUAGCUGGUAGAGCUGCUUCAUCUGGAUACCAUGCGCCAACUAGUGCACGAUAUGGACACUGGCAUAAAGAUAAGGGUCAACAGCUGAUAAAGAAUGUGCCCAGAGUAAUAGUAUUUGUGAUUGGAGGAGUAAGUUUUUCUGAAAUCAGGUGUGCAUAUGAAGUCACUAAUAACUUCAAAAACUGGGAGGUUAUAAUAGGCUCGUCACAUGUUCUAACUCCAGAAGACUUCCUCAACAACUUGUCUGCGUUAAGUCAAUAAAUCUGUCCAAUUCUUCCACUCAUCACAGUGUUAUGUUUUUCCAAAGUAUUACUUAUUGUAGCCUUAUAAAUCGUGAUUUUUUAAAUUU